GAACUGAAGCAUACUUAUUAGCAACAAGUGUUGUUUUCCUGCACGAACACGUGAAAAAGAUGACCUAUGCGUGGGGACUAAUGACCACUGCAGACAGCCAUUUUUGCCUUAAACUUGCAGCCUGGUCAAACAUUUAAAAAUUCCGUCUAAAACGCCCCCUUUAAAAAUAAAGUUUCAUCACCAAUUUUGGUUACGCGGAAACAAGUUUGCAGCUACGCGUGCUGUUAGUGAAAUUCCUGCACUCACAGACCAGUUACUGGCACCUGUAACAAGAAGCGGACGUCGCACAGCAAGUCCACGUAAUCCUCCAGCUUCAGUCCGACCGUGGACAAGCGGCUGUAACUGAGGACUCUCCUGCAUCUCUCAUAGGUUUCAUCUGUUAAUUAAAGAGGUGGUUGCUAAGAGAUGAAAAUCUGUGACAUUGGUGAAAGCCUCAGAUGCACAACCGCCUGAAGCUCGACUUCUCUGAGCUCACUUUCCUCCACCCCUCCUUCUAUACCUGGCUCAUGUGAAGGACGUAGGAAACACUCUCAUAUCAACACUCGCAGAUAAGAUGGCAGCUUCUGCGGCUCCAUGUGCCGGCAUCAACACAGCAGCCACUGUGGCCCAGACUGCCUGGCAAAGGCAGGGGAGCUGCAGAGAGAGGAGUGUGAACAGGGAUGUGGGACAAAACACUAUCCUGGAGAAAACCCACGAGUUCUUCCAGAUGUGUGACAUCGAGAACAAGGGCUUCAUCACCCAGCGAGACAUGCAGCAGAGAUUGAAUGGCGAGCUUCCUCUUAGUGCGGAGGAGUUGGAGAACGUAUUUGCCACCCUUGAUUCUGAUGGGAAUGGGUACCUCACCCUCGACGAGUUUUCUUCAGGCUUUAGUGCAUUUCUGUUUGGCCGGAGGAUUUCUGUAGAAGACGACAUGGGGGAGAAAACCCCCAGCAACAGUCAGCCAGAAGCCCUGUACCAGUCGCAGUGGGGGGCGAGCCCAGAAAAAGGAGACGAGGAUGAAGAGGAAAAACACUUCUCUAUGCUUAUGGAGAGCCUUGGAGCCAACAGUGUCUUUGAAGACCCCGCUGAAGUGCGAACUCUGUGGGCCCAGCUGCGCCGGGACGAACCUCAUCUUCUCUCUAAUUUUGAGGACUUCCUGGCUAGAGUGACAUCCCAGAUUAUUGAAGCCAACAAAGAAAAGAGUGAGAUGGAAAGUGCUCUCAUAAGGAAAGCAGCAACACAUGAUGAUGAGAUCCAACGCUUGUAUGAGGAAAUGGAGCAGCAAAUAAAAAGUGAGAAGGACAGGAUCGUACUGCAGGACUACGAGCGGUUUCUGUCCCGCAGUCAAGAGCUGGAGCUGCAGCUAUCCAAUAAGGAAAAGGAGCUAGAGCAGCUCUUCCAAAAGCAGAGAAGGCUGGAAUGUCAGUGUCAGGAGCUUCAUAGUGAGCAACAUGUUACCAAAGUGGAGAACGUGAAGCUGAAACAGACAAAUGACGAAUUAGCCCGAGAGCUGGAGCACAUCAGCCAAGAGUUGAUCCUGGCUCAGGAACAGCUGUGUUUACUUCAAGAGCAGUCCACGCGACUUCAUGAGGAGAAGGAGAUGGAAAUUUACAGAGUUACUGAACGACUGCAGAGAGAGCGAGCGAGCCUUCUCAAACAGCUGGACGUCUUCAGAGAAAUAAACAAACAUUUGCAAGAUGAAAGAGACAUGUGUUAUCAGAAACCAAAUAGUUGUAAGAAAUCCUCAGGCUUGAAGCAGAGGCCUUUAGUCGAUGGUGUGAAACACGCACACGCAGAUGUCUUCAGAAGUGAGGAUGAGGAGGAGUUGACCUCCAGCUCUUCGAGACAGAGCAUCGUUAAUGGGUCAGACCAGCCAUCUUUCCCAGCAAAGGGGCACUUCCAGAGGAUCAUAUCAAUUGAGGAAGACCACCUCCCCCAUCUGCUGAAUGACUGUCAGUCACAAAACCGUCCUCAGAAAUAUAAUGAAGAAGAGGAAGACUCAGACAGCCAAGAUUCUGUAGACUUGGUGAUGAGUGAUAUUUACCCAAAUGCAUCACCAGUUUGUCCACAGGAGUCAGUGGAAAGUGUGCAGGAAAGGCAAAUCCCAACAUCUCCAAGGGGUCAGCCCGUUGGCAUGGAGACCAGCAUUAACGAGGAAGGUGGUCCAUCCACACCUGAUCGCCUGUUCAAGAUCGUCCUGGUGGGGAACUCUAGUGUUGGAAAGACCUCCCUCCUCCGGCGAUUUUGUGAUGGCAGCUUCCACCCGGGCUCUUCUGCCACUGUGGGCAUAGACUACAGUGUAAAGACAAUAACGGUGGAUGGCAGCCAGGUGGCCUUGCAGUUGUGGGAUACAGCAGGACAGGAGCGAUAUCGAAGCAUCACUAAGCAGUUCUUUCGUAAAGCUGACGGUGUGGUUGUGAUGUACGACAUCACUGCUGAGGAGAGUUUCACGGCUGUCAGACAGUGGCUGACGAGUGUGAAGGAGGGUGCAGGUGAGGAGAUACCCGUCAUGCUACUGGGGAACAAAACCGACAAAGAGAUUCAGCGACAAGUUCAGAAGAAAAUGGGUGACAGACUAGCCAAGGACUGCCAGAUGAGCUUCUAUGAGUGCAGUGCGUGCUCUGGAUACAAUGUAAUGGAGUCCAUGGUUUAUUUAGCCAGAAGUCUGAAAGACCAAGAGGAUCGAGAGAAGGAGAAGACGGUCCGGCUGGUCAGCAGCCCCUCAGAGAAGAAGAGAUCCUGCUGCUAAAAGAUGACACUGAACACAAAGUAACACUACCCGUAUUCCCAGUAUGAUGGCGUCUUUGAGCUUAAUUCCAACACCAGGAUGGAAACUAUCACUCUGUCUCGUUGCAGAUGUUUGUAAAGUAGCUGCAGUUUGAUGUCAGUAAAAUGGUUGGAAUAUGUAUUUCCCCCUGAGGGAUAGACGUCUCUGAACAAUGUACAAAGAUGAAAGAUGAUCUCUUUCAUCCCAAACUGAAACUUUUUUAAAACAUUUUUUUUUAAUCUGCUGUACGAUUUUCACUCAAACUUGAAUGUAAUACUCAGAAACUGCGAACAUGUGUUUACUCCAGGCCUCUUACCUGCCAGACACGGACUUUUUAUUAGAAAUAUUAUUCUCUUCAUUAUUUGUGAAAUAUUGUAGUUUUAAACUGUUAUUUACCUUUUGUACACACAAGUGAGCACGGUAGCACGAAUCUCUGUUAAAUACUCCAGACAACCUUCGAGUAAACACACCUUUUGCUGUUAAUUUUUUAAAGAGCUGUUGGCUUAACUUUGUGUUCACUGUUCAGGCUGAGCUUACUCUGGUUUUAUGUGACAUCACAGAUGUGUACUGGAGUACUUUGAACAAACUAAGUUCUGGUCAGAUUUGUUCCACGGUUGCCAAAUUUAAAGUGAUUUCUGUUUGUCAGUCAUUGCAAUUAUUGUUGUUUUGCUAUUUACUAUUAAAGAUGUGAUGUAGUUUGAUGUUGGCUCUGCUGGAAUAUGAGAUGAGUUAUUUUGUAUGACCUUAAUCUGCCUCGGUGACAAGUAUUUUAUGAAAUAAUAUCACUGUGUCUUGUUAUGUACUUUGUAUAUGGAUAUUUUGUUAAAAAGCUCAGAUUUUUGUCACUAACAGUAUUUCACUACUGCUAGGAUCUGACAUGUCACUUUAAUAAACAUAAGAUGUAAAUAUAAAUAAAUAUUCAUGUAUGUUAUGCAGAAAGCA